CAAACAUCGAUAAUCAGUUCUUCAUACGUGGCAAGUAGACCCCACACACUAACAAAAGCCUAUAAGUUAUUACACAUCCCAAACACCAAUCACACUUCUUCUUAUUCCUUUUUUUUCCAAAAAACCAAACUCUUUUAUUUUUCUUAGUUUUUGGAAUUUUACGUUAAAAUAAAAAAGAUCAAUUAAUUUGUUCUGAUUUAUUCGUAAGUUUUGGUAGAUUCCUCCUUUUCUUGGGAAAUGGAGAACCAACCUUUAAUCAGUCCUCAAUCACGUUACCCUCUCCACCCCAUCCCUGAAAACCCCUCCUCCUCCAUCACCACCGUCUCCACCGCCGUCACGAUCCCUCACUCAAUCUCAACCACCUCUUUCUUCCACCAAGACAACAACAUCCACCACGACCUCGAAAAAUCCGAACUUAACAACCCUACAGACCCAACAGACUCUUAUUUCAACAACCCUCGUCCUCUCCACCGAUGCCGCACAGCACCAGCCAUGGUCAUCAUCAAAGACCUCAUCCCCAAAUCCUCAUCAGACCCCAAGAAGCCAUCACCAAUCUCAAAAUCAAUCAUCAAACAAGCCAUCUUCCUCCUCAUCAUCUACCUAACCCUAGGAGUCACAAUCUACUCUUUCAACAGGGAUCAUUACUCAGGCAUCGAGACACACCCCGUGGUCGACGCCCUUUACUUCUGUAUCGUCACUAUGUGCACAAUCGGCUACGGAGACAUCGCCCCGUUGACUCCAUGGACAAAGAUAUUCGCUGUCGUCUUCGUCUUGUUCGGUUUCGGGUUUCUUGAUAUUUUACUAAGUGGUGUUGUUAACUACGUUUUGGAUCUUCAGGAGAGUAUGAUCCUCACGGGAAUACAAAUGGGUUCCUCUAGAAGUGGGCAUAGAUUCUCUGCUAGAGACUAUAUAAUCGAUUUCGAGAAAGGGAGGAUGAGGAUAAGGAUGAAAGUGUUUUUGGCCUUGUGCGUCGUCGUUUUGUGUAUAGGAGUUGGUGCGUUGGUUUUGCAUUUCGUCGAGGAGCUUGAUCUCGUGGAUUCGGUUUACUUGUCGGUUAUGUCGGUUACUACGGUCGGGUACGGUGAUCGUGCGUUUAAGACGCUUCAAGGACGGCUUUUCGCCGCGGCGUGGCUGCUUGUGUCGACGCUCGCGGUGGCGCGUGCGUUUUUGUAUCUGGCGGAGGCGAGGAUUGAUCGGAGGCAUCGGAGGGCUGUUAAGUCGGCGUUGAAUAGAGAGAUUACGGUUGAGGAUUUGCUUGCUGCUGAUACUUAUCAACACGGUUUCAUCAGUAAAUCAGAGUAUAUUGUGUUAAAGCUCAAGGAAAUGGGGAAGGUCAGUGAUAAAGACAUUAACCAAGUAGUGAAUCAGUUUGAUAAACUUGAUCCUAAUAACUUGGGGAAAAUCACACUACCUGAUCUUUUGGGUGGUCCUUUGUGAUAUACAUACACCUUAUUUUUUCUUCUUGUACAAUUAUUUUUCCUUUUUUUCCUUGAAGAAAAAGAACAGAAUAUAUGUAGCGGCGCUGAUUCAUACAAAGAGAUGUCUCAGUUCAUUAGAGAUAAUGUAAAUGUGUAUUCUUUUUAUGCUUUGUAUAAAACUGUGACAAUGUCAAUACUUAAAUUUAGUACUCCCUCCGUUUCGAAUUAAUUGUCAUUCUAGAGAGAAAAUUUCGUUUCAAAACAAGUGUCGUUUUAGAGUUUCGAGAUAAAAUUUAUUA